UGCUUACGUUGUUAGUAUAGUGAAGCUACAAAGAGAACGGUUUGUACGUACAGACAGUACCUUCAGAAGUGCGAGAGACGGAGUGACGAGAGGAGGUGAGCGUUGGUUUGGUUUAGCGGUCGCGAGCGCGUUCAAUUUUACUUGGAUACAACCCCGGAAAAAAAAACGAGGGAAAUACACAUACAACCGCGAAAUUGUUAUUGGUACUGGCAAAGAGUAUUAUAGAAAUAGUGAACGAGAGAGAGAGAGAGAGAGAGAGUUCAGCAGCAACAGCUCCGAAAACUAAAAAAAAAAAAAACUAGAACAAUAUAAAAUAACGAGUUAACUCGCAGCUGCUGCUGUAACUACUGUACUGUAUAGUAUUGCUGCCGAGUGCCGAGUGCUACAACUAUAGCUGGUGUGUGCGUGGUUGCGCGGUUAUUAUUGUGAGAGUGUGUCAAAGAUGGCGGACGCAGACUCAAGGGUGGACCGCUCAGACCCGGAGUUGAGGAUCCUCUCGGUCGACAGGAACAAUUUCAACGAUCCGGCGACUCAGGCCGAGUGGACGCAAAAGAAGCUGAUAUGGGUGCCUUCGGAGCAACAAGGCUUCGUCGCGGCGAGCAUAAAGGGCGAGCGUGGCGACGAGGUCGAGGUGGAGAUCGUCGAAACCGGCAAGCGCGUCCUCGUAGCCAAGGAUGACAUACAGAAGAUGAAUCCGCCCAAGUUCGACAAGGCCGAGGACAUGGCUGAGCUCACCUGUCUCAACGAGGCCUCGGUUCUACACAAUCUCAAAGAUAGAUACUAUUCUGGCCUCAUCUACACGUACUCGGGCUUGUUCUGCGUGGUCGUCAAUCCGUACAAGAAGCUGCCGAUCUACACGGAAAAAAUCAUGGAGAGGUACAAAGGCAUCAAAAGACACGAGGUGCCGCCCCACGUGUUUGCCAUUACCGAUUCAGCCUAUCGUUCCAUGCUUCAAGAUCGCGAGGACCAGUCGAUCCUGUGUACGGGCGAGUCUGGCGCCGGCAAGACGGAAAACACAAAGAAAGUCAUCCAGUACUUGGCUUACGUCGCAGCUUCGAAGCCAAAAUCAAACGCGUCUCCGAGUCCGGCACUAAUAAUAAACAGCUCUGGGACUGGUACCGACAAAUUUGCGGUAUUACAGGGUGAACUCGAGCAGCAGCUCCUUCAGGCCAAUCCGAUCCUCGAAGCCUUUGGUAACGCCAAGACAGUCAAGAAUGACAACUCGUCCCGUUUCGGUAAAUUUAUCAGGAUCAACUUUGACGCGUCGGGCUACAUCGCCGGUGCCAACAUCGAGACGUACCUCCUCGAGAAGUCGCGCGCCAUUCGCCAGGCAAAGGACGAGCGCACCUUCCACAUAUUCUACCAGCUCCUGUCUGGCGCCUCUCCCGAGCAAAAGAAAGAAUUUAUUCUCGAGGACCCGAAACUCUAUCCUUUCCUGUCCAAUGGCGCCCUACCGGUGCCGGGUGUCGACGACACUGUCGAAUUUCACGCCACGGUCAAGGCCAUGCACAUCAUGGGCAUGACCAAUGAGGACUUUUCCUCCAUCUUCCGUAUCGUCUCGGCUGUCAUGCUCUUUGGCUCGAUGCAGUUCAAGCAGGAGCGGAACUCUGACCAGGCGACGUUGCCCGACAACACGGUCGCCCAGAAGAUAUCGCACCUCCUGGGGCUGAACGUCGUCGAGAUGACCAAGGCUUUCCUCAAGCCGCGUAUCAAGGUUGGCCGGGAUUUCGUCACAAAGGCGCAGACCAAGGAACAGGUCGAGUUCGCCGUCGAGGCGAUAUCCAAGGCUUGCUACGAGCGUAUGUUCCGCUGGCUCGUCAAUCGCAUCAAUCGCUCGUUGGACAGAACCAAGCGCCAAGGUGCCAGUUUCAUCGGGAUCCUCGACAUGGCGGGUUUCGAGAUCUUCGAGCUCAACUCGUUCGAGCAGCUCUGCAUCAAUUACACAAACGAGAAGCUCCAGCAGCUCUUCAACCACACUAUGUUUAUACUCGAGCAAGAGGAGUACCAGCGUGAGGGCAUCGAGUGGAAGUUUAUUGAUUUCGGCCUCGAUCUUCAGCCAACGAUUGAUCUAAUCGACAAGCCCAUGGGUAUAAUGGCCCUGUUGGACGAGGAGUGCUGGUUUCCCAAGGCGACCGACAAAACCUUUGUGGAGAAACUCAUGGGGGCUCACAGCGUGCAUCCCAAGUUCAUGAAGACGGACUUCCGAGGCGUGGCUGAUUUUGCCAUCAUCCAUUACGCCGGCAAAGUCGACUACUCGGCCGACAAGUGGCUCAUGAAGAACAUGGAUCCGCUCAACGAAAACGUCGUCAGUCUGCUCCAGGUUUCCCAGGACCCGUUCGUCUGCCACAUCUGGAAGGACGCGGAGAUCGUUGGUAUGGCUCAGCAAGCGCUAACCGACACCCAAUUUGGCGCCCGCACGCGCAAGGGCAUGUUCAGAACCGUGUCUCAAUUAUACAAGGAACAGCUCGCCAAGCUCAUGGUCACGCUGCGCAAUACAAAUCCCAAUUUCGUAAGGUGUAUCAUUCCGAACCACGAGAAGAGAGCCGGAAAAAUCGACGCGCCGCUCGUUCUCGAUCAACUCAGGUGCAAUGGCGUGCUUGAAGGCAUCAGAAUAUGCAGACAGGGCUUCCCCAACAGAAUACCCUUCCAGGAGUUCAGGCAGAGAUACGAGCUGCUCACUCCCAGUGUCAUUCCCAAGGGCUUCAUGGAUGGCAAGAAGGCCUGCGAAAAUAUGAUCAAAUCUUUAGAACUGGAUCCAAAUCUGUACAGAGUAGGACAGUCCAAGAUAUUUUUCCGAGCUGGUGUCUUGGCCCACUUGGAAGAGGAGCGUGAUUACAAGAUAACGGAUCUGAUAGUCAAUUUUCAGGCUUUCUGCCGUGGUUAUCUCGCGAGGCGCAAUUAUCAAAAGCGCUUGCAACAGCUCAACGCUAUUCGCAUAAUCCAGAGAAACUGCGCUGCUUACCUGAAAUUACGCAAUUGGCAGUGGUGGCGCUUGUACACCAAGGUUAAGCCUUUACUGGAAGUUACAAAGCAAGAGGAGAAGCUCACUCAGAAAGAAGACGAGUUGAAGCAGGUUCGGGAUAAACUUGAAAUGCAAUUGCACUCCGCUCAAGAGUAUGAGCGCAAGUAUCAGCAAGCCAUCGAAGAGAAAACGAUGCUUGCCGAGCAGUUGCAAGCUGAAGUUGAGCUUUGUGCUGAAGCCGAAGAAUCGCGCGCCAGAUUAUCAGCCAGAAAACAAGAACUGGAGGAGAUUUUGCACGAUCUGGAAGUUAGAAUCGAGGAGGAAGAAGAACGCAAUAUUGCUUUGGUGCAAGAGAAGAAAAAAUUGCAGCUGAACAUCAGCGAUUUGGAAGAGCAGCUCGAGGAGGAGGAAGCAACGAGACAAAAGUUGCAGCUCGAAAAAGUCCAGUGUGACGGAAAAAUUAAAAAAUUGGAAGAGGAUUUGGCUCAAUCCGAUGACACGAAUCAAAAACUACUCAAGGAAAAGAAAAUGCUGGAAGAAAGAUCUAAUGAUCUUUCGCAAGCUUUGGCCGAAGAAGAGGAGAAGGCUAAACACUUGGCCAAGCUGAAAACAAAGCACGAGGCGACGAUAGCUGAUCUCGAGGAGAGAUUGCUCAAGGACCACCAGCAACGUCAGGAGGUUGACAGAUCCAAAAGAAAGGUCGAGACUGAAGUGUCUGAUUUAAAGGAACAACUGGCUGAGAAAAAAGCACAGUUGGAAGAAUUACAGUUGCUAUUAGGCAAACGCGAGGAAGAGCUUACCCAGGCUUUGACGAAAAUCGACGAGGAAAGUGCCGCCAAGGCACAAUCCCAGAAGGCCCUGCGGGAACUAGAAUCUCAGCUGGUGGAGCUUCAAGAGGAUCUUGAAGUCGAGAAAGUAGCGAGAAGUAAGGCCGAGAAGCUUAAGCGCGACCUCAAUGAAGAACUUGAGGCCCUGAAAAACGAACUCCUCGACUCACUGGACUCUACAGCUGCCCAACAAGAGCUCCGCAGCAAGCGUGAACAGGAACUAGCCACGCUCAAGAGAAACCUCGAAGAGGAGACCUCAGUGCAUGAAGCUACCCUCCAAGACAUGCGACACAAGCACACCCAGGAGCUCACGACCAUUAACGAGCAGAUGGACGCUCUCAAGAAAGCGAAGGCUGCUCUCGAGAAGGCCAAAGCUGCCCUUGAAGUUGAGAACUCGGAGCUGACGACUGAGUUACGUUCGGUGAACGCUAGUAGACAGGAGUCGGACCGUCGACGCAAACAGGCGGAACAGCAAAUGGUUGAGAUCAAUGCCAAGCUUGUCGAGAUAGAGAACGUCAGGCAAGAGCUCAUGGAGAAGGUUGCCAAGCUUCAAAAUGAAGCUGAGAACAUGUCGCAGCAACUCGAGACUGCCGAACUCAAGGCUUCUGCUGCUAUGAAGGCCUCGACUACUUGCGAAUCACAGUUUUCUGAACUCCAGCAGCAGCUUGAAGAGGAGACCAAGCAAAAGCUCGCACUCAGCUCUAAACUCAGGGCUCUUGAAAGCGACAAGGAAGCUCUUCGCGACCAGCUUGACGAAGAGGAAGAAGCCAAGCGUGCUCUAGAAAAACAAAUCUUGGCUUUGAACAUUCAGUAUACCGAAGCAAAGAAACGCUCAGAUGAGGAGAGCGAAGCUGCAGCAGCUCUGGAGGAGGCUCGCAAGCGGCUCGUCAAAGAUAUCGAAGCUCUACAGCGCCAAGUAGAAGAAUUGCAGGCUGCAAACGAGAAACUCGAUAAAUCGAAGAAAAAGAUCCAGGCCGAACUAGAAGACAGCACGAUCGAACUAGACCUGCAGCGAGCCAAGGUUAUCGAGCUCGAGAAGAAACAGAAAAACUUUGACAAAGUUCUGAUGGAGGAGAAGGCCAUCUCGAUGCAAUACGCAGAGCUUCGUGAUGCUGCUGAGCGAGAAGCCCGUGAAAAGGAAACUAAAGUGCUAUCUUUAACUCGCGAACUCGACGAAAUGAACGACAAGGUUGAGGAGCUGGAGCGUGGACGCAAAAGUUUGCAAGCCGAGCUCGAUGAACUCGUCAAUAAUCAGGGUACUGCUGACAAGAACGUACAUGAGCUCGAGAAGGCUAAGCGUCUACUCGAAUCGAAGAUCGCGGAACAACAGGCUCAGGUCGAGGAGCUCGAGGACGAGUUGCAGUGUACCGAGGAUGCCAAACUCAGACUCGAAGUCAACAUGCAGGCUCAAAAGACGCAAAACGAGCGCGACCUCCAGGCCAAGGAAGAGCAGGCCGAAGAGAAACGGCGUGGCCUGAUCAAACAGCUCCGCGACUUGGAAGCCGAACUGGAAGACGAGAGAAAGCAGCGCUCGGCUGCGAUAGCACAACGCAAGAAGAUCGAAGCCGAUUACAAGGACAUGGAGCAGCAGCUUGAGAUGCACAACAAGGUCAAAGAGGACGCGCUUAAGCAGCUAAAGAAGCUUCAGACGCAGAUCAAGGACUGCACGCGCGAGACCGAGGAAGCGAGAGCAGCCAGGGAUGAGUUGGCUGCUGCAGCCAAGGAGGUCGAGCGCAAGGUAAAAGGUCUCGAGGCUGACAAUAUGCAGCUCACGGAAGAUUUGACCAGCAGUGAAAGAGCCAGACGCGUCGCUGAGACUGAAAGGGAUGAGCUCCAAGAGGAACUGAAUAAUAAUGCGAAUAAGGGCACGAUUCUCGUCGAUGAUAAACGCCGCCUCGAAGCCAGAAUCGCCACGCUCGAGGAGGAACUCGAAGAAGAACAGUCGACAAAUGAGGUUCUCAUGGAUCGCGGGCGAAAGGCACAGCUGUCGAUUGAACAGCUAACCACGGAUCUACAAACCGAGCGCUCGGCGGCUCAGAAAAUCGAAUCACAUCGUUCACUGCUCGAACGUCAAAACAAAGAGCUCAAAGCCAAACUUGCCGAGCUUGAGACAGCCCAGCGUGCCAAGUCCAAGGCCACGAUCCAAGCACUCGAGAGUAAAAUUAACAAUCUGGAAGAACAAGUGGAUACAGAGACGAAAGAAAGGUUUGCACAGCAAAAGAUCAACAGAAAGUUGGACAAGAAGGUGAAAGAGCUUAUGUUGCAAGUCGAAGAUGAGAGAAGAAAUGCAGAGCAGUACAAGGAACAAGUCGAAAAAGUCAACGUGAGGAUGAAGAGCCUCAAGAGACAGCUUGACGAAGCUGAAGAAGAGAUCAGUAGGCACAAGGUGUCAAAGAGAAAACAACAGAGAGAAAUGGAGGACAUGUUGGAAUCGCAGGAGGUGCUCACGAGAGAAGUCGCGAAUUUGAAAAACAAACUCAGACGUGGCGGACAGCCGAUCAGCGGGCUGGGAGCUUCGAGAUUAAAACGCACGUCGAUUCAGACCGGUGGCUCUGGGGACGACUCAGCAACACAGGACGAGAGUAUAGACGGUGAGGAGAACGCUAAUUGAAGUAUCAUAAUUUAGUGGAACAAUCUCGAGGAUCGGCAAGGACGGCGCGCGACAACGCAUAAUAUAUAUAAUACAUAAAGAUAUAUCGUCCGGCGUCAUGAAUAACAAGUUGGAAAAAAUAUAUAUAUAUACAUAAAACAA